AUGGCGAAGCGAAAGAUUGAUAAUCGGACUUUUCAAGAUAGGUGGGAGAAUGAUUACAUGUUCAUAUUAUUCAAGGACAAACCUGUUUGCUUGGUGUGUGGAUUUACCGUGGCUGUCACUAAAGAGUACAAUUUAAGACGGCACUACGAAACUAAACAUGAAGACAAAUACAACAAUCUGGAUGCAAAACUCAAGCUACAAAAGGUAGAGGAGUUGAAAACAAGUCUGCUUUCAAGACAAACUAUGUUUAUCCAAGCAAAGUCACGAAGCGAUGCUGCUGUCAAAGCUAGUUUUACUGUUGCACAAGACAUCGCUAUAUCAGCCCGACCCUUUACAGAGGGAGAGUUUGUUAAAAACUGCAUGGUGAAAGUGUGCAAUAUCGUGUGCCCAGAAAAAAAACAAGCGUUUCAAAACGUAAGCCUCAGCAGAAACACCAUAGCUGAGCGUACAUGUGAGCUCGCCACCAACCUGCAAGAGCAGCUGGUGGAAAAGGGGAAAGACUUCGUGGCAUAUUCCCUUGCUGUGGAUGAGAGCAGUGACAUAAGUGACACUGCGCACCUGUCAAUCUUCAUCCGUGGAGUGGACUCUAAUCUGUGCGUUACAGAGGAACUUUUGGGAAUAAAGUCGAUGCACAGCACAACCACGGGGAAGGACAUUUUUGAAGAGGUGGCCAAGUGUGUUAAUGAAAUGGGGCUAUCUUGGGAGAAACUCGUGUCACUGACCACAGAUGGUGCGCCAGCGAUGUGCGGACAGAGGAGCGGACUGGUGGGCCGGGUUAGGGAGAGAAUGCAGGAGCAUGCAGCAGGUGAGCUUACUGUGUACCAUUGCAUCAUACACCAGGAAGCGUUGUGCGGGAAAAGCAUGCAAAUGGAGCAUGUGUUGAGCACCGUGACGAGCGUGGUGAACCUCAUAAGGGCCAAAGGACUGAAUCAUCGUCAAUUCAAGUCCUUCCUUGAUGAAAUUGGCUCUGAAUACACAGACGUGCCCUACUACACUGACGUGAGAUGGCUAAGUCGAGGGAAAGUUUUGAACAGGUUUCUUGAGCUGCAUGAGGAAAUCUGCCAGUUUUUGGAGAGCAAAGGAAAAGACACCACAGGCCUCAGGGACAAAAAAUUUCUGUGUGAGCUGGCAUUUUUGUGUGACAUCCUGAAACACCUUGAUGCGCUCAGCCUGCAGCUUCAGGGGCGUGGCCACAUCAUCACAGAUAUGUACGCUGCUGUCAAGGCUUUCAGGACCAAGUUGCGCCUGUGGGAAACUCAGCUGCUGGGCAGAAAUAUGGGCCACUUUCCGUGCUGCCAAGCAAUACAACACCAGAUCUUGCCUGCCACGGUGCCAACCGCACAGUUUGCUGAAAAACUCAGCUUACUCAGCGCCGAGUUUACCCGACGAUUUGCCGAUUUUGAAGCCCAGAAAUACAGAUUUCAACUGCUCAAUAAUCCGUUUACGGUUGACAUCGAAAGCUCACCAACCAACAUUCAAAUGGAAUUGAUUGAACUCCAAUGUAGUGACGCGCUCAAGUCAAAGUAUGACACUGUGGGUGCCGCAGAGUUUCCACGUUUCCUCCCCGAAACAAUGCCACGACUUCGUGAGCAAGCUGCUCAAACGCUCUCUAUGUUCGGCAGCACAUAUCUGUGCGAGCAACUGUUCUCUUUGAUGAAGAUGAACAAAACGCCACUCAGGAGUUGCCUCUCAGAUGAGCACCUUCACUCAAUUCUGAGGAUUUCCUCAGCUCAGAGCUUAACCCCAGACAUUGAUAUGCUCGCAUCUAAGAAGAGAAGCCAAGUAUCUGGCUCGAACCAAUGCGAGUAG